AUAUCAAGUCUGCUCAAAGGAAAUGGAGGAACAGAACGCUGGACCUGGGAUUGAAGAUUUCUACAGGAUUAUGGGAUUAUACAUUGAAGAGCCAGCAGGCGGAAUGCCUGAGUGACUGAAGAAAAUGGGUGCUAAUGCAUCUAACUACCCUCACUCGUGUUCCCCAAGGGUAGGGGGAAAUUCACAGGCACAACAGACAUUCAUAGGGACAUCAUCCUACUCUCAUCAAGGUUUUGGCUGUGAAUCAAAGCUGUAUAGCCUUGACCAUGGCCAUGAGAAACCUCAAGACAAGAAAAAGAAAACCUCUGGCCUUGCCACCCUCAAAAAGAAAUUCAUUAAGCGUCGGAAAUCGAGCCGAUCUGCUGACCAUGCCAAGCAGAUGCGUGAGCUCCUCUCAGGCUGGGAUGUCAGAGAUGUUAAUGCAUUAGUGGAAGAAUACGAAGGAACAUCAGCCUUAAAGGAACUUUAUCUACAAGCUAAUUUGGCAAGACCAGAAGCCAGGACGCUACAAAAAGACAUGGCUGAACUUUAUCAAUACAAAUACUGUACUGAUGUAGACUUAAUAUUUCAAGAAACUUGUUUUCCUGUGCAUCGUGCGAUAUUGGCAGCAAGAUGUCCAUUUUUUAAGACACUGCUUUCUUCCUCACCAGAGUAUGGGGCAGAAAUAAUAAUGGAUAUUAACACAGCUGGCAUAGAUAUGCCUAUGUUUUCUGCUUUGUUACACUACCUUUAUACGGGCGAGUUUGGAAUGGAGGAUUCGAGAUUCCAGAAUGUCGAUAUUCUCGUGCAGCUCAGUGAAGAAUUUGGAACACCAAAUUCCUUAGAUGUUGACAUGCGCGCACUGUUUGAUUAUAUGUGCUACUACGAUGUGGUUCUUAGCUUUUCAUCCAACUCUGACCUAGUUGAAACUUUUGGUGGAAAUCAGAACUGCCUAGAUGAAGAGCUCAGAGCUCACAAAGCGAUUAUUUCGUCCCGGUCUCCCUUUUUCCGUCACUUGCUGCAGAGGAGGAUACGAACUGGUGAAGAAAUCACAGACCGAACUCUACGGACUCCAACUAGAAUUAUAUUGGAUGAAUCUAUCAUACCAAAAAAAUAUGCUAAGGUCAUUUUGAACUGUAUGUAUACAGAUGUGGUGGACCUCUCCGUUUUGCACUCCAGUCCUUCAGUGGGCAGUUUAAGUGAAGUUCAGGCUCUUGUAGCAGGAAAACUGAAUAUGACUAGGGCUGAAGAAGCUAUGGAGCUUUAUCACAUAGCACUGUUCUUGGAGUUUAACAUGCUUGCACAAGGCUGUGAAGAUAUUAUUGCUGAGAGCAUCUCUCUGGACACCUUGAUUGCCAUUCUGAAGUGGAGCUCUCAGCCGUACGGUUCCAAGUGGGUGCAUCGCCAAGCCCUGCAUUUCCUCUGUGAGGAGUUCACCCAGGUCAUGACUUCAGAGGUCUUCUACGAGCUCAGCAAGGACCACCUGCUCACAGCUAUUCAGUCUGACUAUUUACAGGCAAGUGAACAAGAUAUUCUUAAAUAUCUGAUUAAAUGGGGAGAACACCAGUUGAUGAAGAGGAUAGCAGAUCGAGAGCCUAAUUUACUCAGUGGUACUGCUCACAGUGUGAAUAAAAGAGGUGUGAAGAGGAGAGAUCUUGAUAUUGAAGAGCUGAGGGAGAUCCUGUCUCCACUUUUACCUUUUGUCCGCAUUGAGCACAUCUUACCCAUGAAUAGUGAAGUACUGAGUGAUGCAAUGAAGAGAGGCCUGAUUAGUACUCCUCCUUCAGACAUGCUACCAACAUCAGAAGGUGGAAAGUCAAAUGCCUGGCUGCGGCAAAAAAAUGCUGGGAUAUAUGUGCGGCCAAGACUGUUCUCACCGUAUGUGGAGGAGGCUAAGAUCUUGAUGAAAUUCCACCGGAAACAAAGCAGCGUUCUGAGGGAAACCUCCCUGGUUUCCAGCCAGUUUGCCGGCCCAGCUCCUCGGCAGCCCUCCUGGCAGGCGGAUGGCAAGUCGGUGCUGGAUGAGAUGAUGGUGGAGCAGACGGACCUCGUUCGCCUGCGCAUGGUGCGCAUGUCCAACGUGCCCGACACGCUCUACAUGGUGAACAACGCCGUGCCCCAGUGCUGCCACGUCAUCACCCACCAGCAGGUCAGCACCAACCAGACCAGCCCUCCCUCAGUCAUAGCCAACGAGAUCCCAGUUCCCAGUCUCCUGGUUGUGAAAGAGAUGAUCAGGAGGCUGCAGGAGCUGCGCCACACGGAGCAGGUGCAGAGAGCCUACGCUCUGAACUGCGGGGAAGGCGCCACCGUCAGCUACGAGAUCCAGAUCCGUGUGCUGCGCGAAUUCGGCCUUUCUGACGCUGCUGCUGAGCUCCUGCAGAACCCUCACAAAUUCUUUCCUGAUGAGCGAUUUGGGGAUGAAAGCCCACUGCUGACAGUGAGACAGUCUGGACGAUGUCGCGUCAACAGCACUCCCACUGCAGAAACCAUGUUUACAGAACUGGACUCUUUCGUGGCCUUCCAUCCACCACUGCCCCCUCCUCCACCUCCAUACCACCCACCAGCAACUCCUCUUCACAACCAGUUCAAAGUGGGCUGGAAACAAAGGGUGCCAAGUCAACAUCCGUCCCGCUCCUUCUCCUACCCGUGUAACCACUCUCUGUUCCACUCGCGGGGCGCCCCCAAGGCCGCGCCGCCCGUUUACCUGCCCGGCGCCAAGGCGGCGCCGCCCGACUGCACCAGCACCGCCGCGCUGGGCCGCCAGACCGUGGCGGCGGCAGUGAUGGCAGCUGAGAAACAAGCUUGUACUCAGCCCUUGCUAAAUGAACUGAUGCCAGACAUCGCAAUGGGUGUGUCAGCAAUGUCUUUGAAGGACAGAAGAUUACCAGAGCUCACAGUGGACACGGAGCUGAGCCAGGCAGUUACAGAGGUAGGGCCUGGCCCACCCCAGCACAUUUCAUGUAUUCAGAACAGACACAUACCUACUUCUCGGAAAAAACAUGCAAUAGAGCAAAAAAUAGAUGCUCGAGAAAAUCCACAGGAGUAUCCUGACUUCUAUGACUUCUCUAAUGCUGCAUGCAGACCCUCUACUCCAGCACCCAACAGGCACAGUCCUUCGCCUUCACAAGGCAUUUACUUUGGCCCAGAUUUGUACAGCCACAAUAAGGCAUCACCAAGUGGCUUAAAGUCAGCCUAUCUACCUUCCCAGAUAUCUCCUAAAAAGCAAGAGGAUUCUAGGAGGGAAUACCUGCUCUCACAAGAUGGGCAUCAACACAGGCAAAAGAAUGAGCCAAUACACCUCGAUGUCUUAGAGCAACCUCCCCAGCGACUGGACUUGGCACUGGCUACCCAGGAGACUGCUGGGAAUGGCCCUGUUCACGUCAGGGGAAGGGCAAAAAUGGAAACAGAUUUAACCUAUGGGCUAACCUCCAACAGACCUUCGCUCUCUGCGUACAGCUCUGACGUGCCCGAAGAGAGACCCGGCAGGAGACUGGCAGAUGAUGAGCCAUUGGAACAUGGAGCACAGAGAAAUGCAGAUUUGGAAAGGGAAGAUGGAGUAAGCAGAGGAAGGAGGUCUCCAAACAAACCAGACUUCCUGUACAAAAAAUCUGCCCUAUGAAAGCAACCUCCACUAUUUCUCUGUGCCUAAGAGUUGUAAACAUCCCAUUCCUUGCAACUUUUGGCUUGACUUCUGUCAGAAAUUCUUUCAUGCCAGCAGAAAAAUUCAGCUUUGCUCACUUCUUUUGUACAUACAUUGCUUUAUUAGAGACAGCAUGUUAUCAGUUUGGUUUUAAUGCUGCUUUUGGGUUUAUUUUGUUGCAGUUUUUUUUUUUGAGCAGAUUUAAUUAAGCCUUUCAAA